AACCGAUCUCGUCAGCGGCCUAUAUCGAGUCAAACUGAUCCAGCACGUGAGUUGACGCGUCGCGGUAAAUUGGAAUUUGGCGUGUUCACAUCCUCCUCCCACACUGCGAUUAGUACUUCAGGGAAUAAUAGUUCUUUAUCUUCAUAGACCCUCUAGUAGUCUCCUGGCAUAUCAGCAGGACAUCGCAUCUGGAAGAUGGACGGCUUCGAUGACGAAGAAAUCGCAAGGGCGCUCGCCCUGAGCGUACGGGAGGCCUACAAACCAUCUGAGACAUCAGAUAGAAAGCCGGAACCUAAGGAGAUUAUUGAGAUUCCCUCAAGUGACGAAGAGGAUAAUAAGGAAGAUGUUCAGUUCCAAUCAAAUAUACAACGGGCAAUCGAAGCCUCCAAAGCUCAAAGUGCAAGCUCUUCCAGAACGUACAGUCCCCAAGAUUCGAUAUCUCCAACGAUCUCACCUUCCGCAAUCUCAGCACCAUCAAUGUUAGUACGGUCAAGCAAUGCUUUCCCAUUUGAUCGGGCGCAACUCGAACGGGAACGACUAGAACGACAGAAGAGACUCCGUCCUGACCUUGUCGAAGCUCAAUCAAAGCCGCAACUGGACAAUGAAGAUGAGGAGACAGACGAAAAUGUGAACAUGAAUGGACGGAGUGCAAAGAGGCAACGACUUUCGCAUAAUUCGUCUACUGCAUAUCAUUCCAACAUUCCUUCUUCCAGCACUCGACCCACUACUGAGAAAGCUCCACGCGCAACGACUAGUGGAACGCAAUCAAGGGAACCUACGGACACUUACUUUUGGAACGGAGAGCUACGUCAGACGGCGAACAAGUAUGUUGAGCCGAGUAAGGAUACCCGACCGGUCUUCAGGUUAACAGAUAUCCUCGCGCCACGAGACGAGAUUUCGUUCGCCAUCAUUUCAGCAUAUUGUGUUGACUUUCCUUGGAUGUACUCCUUUUUCAAUCCCAGCACGCCCGUGAUCAUAGUUGCCCAAGACUCCCAGGGUAAUGAGACCAUGAAGGAAGUCCUUCCGAAUUGGAUCAAGACGACACCAUUUCUUCGCGGUGGACGUGGCUGUAUGCAUAUGAAGUUUAUGCUGUUAUUCUACAAGACUGGCCGAUUGCGAGUUGUCGUGUCGACAGCGAACCUGCUGCCGAUUGACUGGCGAGAUAUUGAGAAUAGCGUAUGGGUUCAAGAUGUCCUUCUGCGACCAAGACCAACUCCUCACGAGUCAAAAGUGAAUGACUUCCCAGCCGCGUGGACGAGGAUACUACACUCGUUAAAUGUCGCCCCUGCGUUGAUCACGAUGGUGAAGAAUGGCCAUACUGAUUUACCGAUAAGCCGCCUAGAGGACCUACGCCGUAAAUGGGACUUCUCAAAAGUGAAAAUUCACCUUGUCCCUUCGCUGGCCGGAAAGCACGAGGGUUGGCCAAAGGUCCUCCAGUCAGGUCACGUAGCUCUUAUGAAAGCUGUACGAGACAGCGGGGCGCGAACGCCGAAGGGAAAGGAGCUGGUGCUGGAAUGUCAAGGUUCCUCGAUCGGGACAUAUUCGACGCAAUGGGUGAAUGAGUUCUAUUGUUCCGCUCGGGGAGACUCGGCGGAGGAGUGGCUUGACCAACCAAGGUCGCGACGAACGAAACUGCCAUAUCCUCCGAUUAAGAUUUUGUUCCCGUCGGACAAGACUGUGAAGGACAGUGCGCUUGGCGAGCAAGGAGGGGGCACGAUGUUCUGCAGACGAAGCCAAUGGGAAGGAGCCAAGUUCCCGCGAAAUCUGUUCCAUGAUUCGAGGAGUAAGAGGGGAGGUGUCUUGAUGCACUCUAAGAUGAUCAUCGCGACGUUCCGUGAUACAGGUCCUUUGAAUAAAGGCAAGGCCCCCCAAUCGGACUCGGAAACCGAACCGGAGAGCGACGACGAAGUUGUAGAAGUGGAUGCUCAAGGGCGGGAAGAAGAUAAAGUGAUUGGAUGGGCGUAUGUCGGUUCACAUAACUUUACACCUUCGGCUUGGGGGACGCUCUCUGGUUCGGGGUUCAACCCCAUUCUAAACAAUACGAACUUUGAAUUGGGUAUUGUUUUCCCACUGCGACGCGCAGAGGAGCUGGAGAGGGUUGCGUGUUGGGAACGGCCUCCGAGGAAGUAUGUGCUUGGCAAAGACGAGCCCUGGAUGCAGUCAGAAUCGGCCUAUUUUGCGGAGGAAUGAGAUCUUAUCGCGCAUCGAUUUGCAGUUAUCUGGAUACUUAGAGCGCAUUGUGGAUGUAGCAACACACCAUCAGUAUGCACUCAUUGUAGCGCCCAGACAGUGGUUCAGCACUGCAAACCAUACUCGCUUCUUUACUGACUAUUACACCAGCUCAAAGGUCGCUGAAGGAGCAGCACGUAUCUAACCUCUGGCUGUACACAGCCCUAACCUAUAUGGCAUUAGCUGGUGAGACUAUGCAGACCAAAGGUCUACAAAUGCACUAAGCCGGUGGUGAGAAUGAAACGCAGUCUAUGAGUCUUUACGGUGACUGUCAAGUCAAAUACUGCGAACGUGGAUGAUGGUUGAGUAACUGAAUUCAUUUUUAUCUGACCGUCUGUUAUCCUUUGUUGGGGACUCUUGAGUCACGCUAAGUAUGCCAAUGUCAUUAUAUGUUUAUCGUCGUACUUAGGUUUGCAGAUCUUUGAUAUACUGUCGAUUGUCGGCACUGGCUGGUGCGUACUAUGUUUGUAAGGAACAUGAAUUUUAGGUAUGUCUGCUAA